UGUGAUUCUUGAUUGCAAGUGGAUUUUAUGAGCAACAAAAAUGGAUGCUAAAUCAAAUAUAGAAAAGAAAAAAAAUCCAAGAGAAGGUGCUAAUAUACUGAGUGCCCUAACAUUCACAUGGGUGUUGAAUACAUUUUGGGUUGGUUAUAAAAGAGAUUUAGAAAUUGAUGAUCUCACAAGACCACUGAAGGAACACAAGAGCAGUGUGUUGGGUGAAAAAAUAUCAUCAGCAUGGGAGGAAGAAGUGAGACGUUUCAAUAAAAUUAAUCAAAAGAAAAAACAUUCAAAAGCAACACCAAGUUUAAAUAGAGUACUUAUCAAAGUUUUUGGUGUUGAAUUUGCACUUUAUGGUGUUGUUAUUGUGAUAAAAGAAUUACUAGUUGGGGUUUUCCAGCCAUUUGCUGUGGGUAAACUUUUAUCUUUUUACUCUAAAACAAAUGAUAACAAUAUGACAAAAGAAGAUGCUUACUUUUAUGCUGGAGUGGUAAUUAUGUGUUCAGCAGUGAGUGUUUUCAUGACUCAUCCUCACUUGAUGGCGUUGAAGCACAUAGAAAUGAAAAUAAAAAUAGCAUGUUGUUCCCUCAUUUACAGAAAAGCUUUAAGGCUGUCUAAAACAGUACUUGGGGACAUAUCAGUUGGUCAAGCUAUAAAUCUACUUUCUAAUGAUAUCAACAGAUUUGAUACUAUGUUAAUAUAUCUUCAUUAUAUUUGGAUUGGGCCUGUACUAACAGGUCUGGCUAUGUACUUUAUGUAUCUUGAAGUUGGAUUGCCUGCUGUUAUUGGUGUUGGAGCACUCAUUUUGUUUAUACCACUUCAAAUUUAUCUCAGUAAAAAAUCAUCAAAUCUUCGUUCAAAAAUAGCUGUGAGAAGUGAUGAACGCAUUAGAUUAACCAAUGAAAUAAUAAGUGGUAUUCAGGCAAUUAAAAUGUAUACUUGGGAACAUCCAUUUAGUAAUUUAAUUGAAAAAACAAGAAAAAAAGAAAUUAAUGUUAUUCGAUCGACUUCUUAUGUUCGAGGUAUUCUAAUAUCUUUUGUUACAUUUACGACAAGAUUAUCAAUGUUCAUAACAAUAUUGUUGAUGUUAGUUUUAAACAAUAAUAAUAUUUUAACAGCUGAGAAAGUUUUUGUGCUUACAGUAUACAUUAAUCUGUUACGUGAUCCAAUGACAGAUUUUUUUCCAUUUGCAUUGAGAAAAGUAGCUGAAGCUGCUGUGUCAAUAAAAAGAUUACAAGAUUUUAUGUUGUAUGAGGAAAUUGAUUAUCUUGAAGCAAGAAGUGCAAAUAAUUCGACAACUCAUUAUCAAGAGAAAUUAACAAUAAAUAAUUUAAACGAAAAAGAUAAGAAAAAAAUUAAUCAUUUGGGUUCAGUGACAAUUGAUAAAGCACAUGCAAAAUGGAUGACUAAAAAUAGUGAAGACACUUUGAAUGGUAUAAAUAUACAAGUCGAUCCAGGUCAAUUGGUGGCUAUUGUAGGACCAGUUGGUUCUGGUAAAUCAAGUUUAUUAAAUGUUAUAUUAAAAGAGCUGGCUGUCUAUCAGGGAAGUGUUGAUGUCCAGGGUAAUAUUGCAUAUGCAUGUCAAGAGCCAUGGCUGUUUGCUGGUUCAGUGAGAAAUAAUAUUCUCUUUGGUCGAGCACUUGAUCAAAAAAGAUAUGAACGAGUUGUCAAAGUGUGCCAGCUAAAACGAGACUUUCAAUUGUUUUCCUAUGGUGAUAAAACAAUUGUUGGUGAUCGAGGAGUAAGUUUGUCUGGUGGACAACGAGCCAGAAUAAAUCUCGCACGUGCUGUUUAUGCUGAUGCUCCAAUUUAUUUGUUUGAUGAUCCACUGAGUGCUGUUGAUGCACAUGUUGGCAAACACAUGUUUGAAGAAUGCAUUGAAAAAUAUCUUAAGGGGAAAACGAGAAUCCUUGUGACUCAUCAGAUACAAUUCUUGCAAAAUGUUGAUAAAAUUAUUGUUAUGAAGGAAGGUAAAAUAGAAGCUGAGGGUAGUUAUGAUGACUUGAUUUUAAGAGACGAUGUUUUCGGAGGUUUAUCUAUUGCUUCACUACCUGAUAGUGACAUAAUAUCUUUAACUAGAAGUCAAAAUAGCUCAUGUUAUGUUAAUUCAAGUCCACACAGCUCAAUUUUGACAAAUGAUAAUGAAAUUGAGCCUGUGGAAAAUAGAGAGAUACAAACAAAAGGAACUAUGGAUGCUUAUAUAUAUUUAUCAUAUCUUCGAGCUGGUGGUAACUUCUGUUCCAUAUUUAUUUUGUUUAUAGUGUGUUCUAUUGCCCAAAUGUUUACAAGUGGUAGUGAUUAUUUUAUUGCAUAUUGGAUUAAUUUAGAAGAAACUCAUCCAAACUCAACAAUGAUAAAAACAGAAAAUUCAGAUAGAUUUAUAUCAAGACAGUGGUGCAUUUAUAUAUUUUCAGCUCUGAUAGUUGGUACCAUAACUUUGACAAUCAUCAGAACUUUUGAGUUUUUUAUAAUUUGUAUGAGAGCAUCACAAAGACUUCAUGACAGAAUGUUUAAAAGUAUCAUCAAUGCCACUAUGAGAUUUUUCAAUACUAAUCCGUCAGGAAGAAUAUUAAAUCGUUUUUCCAAAGACAUGGGUACAAUAGACGAGAUACUACCAGUUAUUUUUAUGAAUAAUCUUCGAUGGGGUUUUGAAAUGAUUGGAGUUACUGUUGUAAUAUGCGUGGCAAAUCCUUGGCUUGUAAUUCCAACUGUUUUUAUUGGAAUAAUAUUUUAUCAAUUACGAGUUAUUUAUUUAUCAACAUCGAGAAGUGUCAAGCGACUCGAGGGCAUCACAAGAUCACCAGUUUUCAGUCAUUUAAAUGCAACAAUGCAAGGCUUGUCGACCAUUAGGUCAUUUGGUGCUGAUAAAGUAUUAAUCAACGAGUUUGAUCAACAUCAAGAUCUUCAUUCAUCAGCAUGGUAUAUUUUCAUUACAUCAUCUAGAGCAUUUGCUUUAUGGUCUGAUAUAUUUUGCCUUUUUUAUAUUGCAUUAGUCUUAUUGAGCUCAUUAAUAUUGCCUGGAAAUGAUAGUAAACCAACACAAGGUAAUGUUGGUAAUGUUGGUCUUGUAAUAACACAAAUUAUAGGAUUAACUAAAAUGUUGCAGUGGGGAAUAAGACAAAGUACAGAGCUUGAUAAUUGCAUGACAUCAGUAGAAAGAGUAUGUGAAUUUACAAAUCUUGAAAGUGAACCACCACUGGAUAGCUUGCCCGAUAAAAAACCAAAAGAAGAAUGGCCAGAGAGUGGUAAAAUUGAAUUUAAAAAUGUCAACAUGUCGUAUGAUCCCGAGGAAGCACCAGUAUUAAAAAAUCUCAAUUUUACAAUUGGUGCAAAAGAAAAAGUAGGAAUUGUCGGAAGAACUGGUGCUGGUAAAUCAUCAUUAAUAUCAGCAUUAUUUAGACUGGCAUAUAUUGAUGGUAAAAUUGAAAUUGAUGGAAUUGAUACUGGUGAAAUUGGUCUACAUGAUUUACGUUCAAAAAUAUCAAUUAUUCCACAAGAACCAUUUUUAUUUGCUGGCACAUUGAGAAGAAAUUUAGAUCCAUUUGAUUUGUACAAGGAUCAUUUGCUCUGGUCAGCCCUGGAGGAUGUUGAAUUGAAAGAAAUGGGUCUCCAGGCACACGUCAAUGAAGGAGGCAGUAACUUGAGUGUUGGACAACGACAACUUGUCUGUCUUGCCCGAGCAAUCAUCAGGAAUAAUAGAGUAUUAAUAUUGGACGAAGCAACUGCCAAUGUUGAUCCAAGAACAGAUGAACUUAUACAAAAAACAAUUCGUAGAAAAUUUGCAGAUUGCACUGUACUUACAAUUGCCCAUCGACUCAACACUGUCAUGGAUAACGAUAAAAUACUCGUGAUGGAUGCUGGAACAGUUGUUGAGUUUGAUCAUCCACAUGUGCUUCUUCAAAACCCUGAUGGUGCACUCACCAGUAUGAUCAAUGAAACUGGUAAAGCUACAGCUGAUGCACUUAAAAUUUUAGCUCAAGAUAAUUAUAAUCAACAUCAUCCACGUCCAUCAACAACAUCUCUGUAAAUACAAAUCUUGGAUUAGCUCAAUUUUUUUUAUCAUAAUUACAUAAAAUAAAAAAUAAAAAAAUAACUAUGCAAUGAAAAAAUUUACGUGAUAUGUGCCUUGACUCAAUUUAAGUCCUAAAUUAAAUACAAUAAUUGUUAUAUCUAUAUUUAAAAAAAAGCUAGACUUUAGUUUCUAUCAUCAAGUUGUGGAUUUAAGUACAAGUUACAUACGAAAUUUAAUAAAG